UGACAGUCUGUGCUCUUUUUUCCUCUAGGUUUUCUGUAUUUAAAAAAAAGCUGAUAUCUGGCUAUGAGCAAGCUCUGGAUCCACUUCCCCUACAUCAUUGCAGUAUGUCUAAACCAUGCAGCUCUUACUUCAGCAGUGCAGGUGACUUCAACAGGCCCUCAGACCAUAAAGAAAGCCCAGGGGGAGGUUCUGACUCUGGGCUGCACAUACACCCUCGCUGCCAUAGAUGUAGGAGACCUGGACAUUGAGUGGACAAUCGUCAGCCAAGACAUGACCCAAAAAGAUCAGUUGAUCUUAUCCUACACUGGAGGGAAACAGUACCAGCUGGGAAGCCCCGACCUGAUGAGUCGCUUUAAGUUUGUUGCUGAUCCAAGUCGCGGCGACGCCACAGUCAACAUGACCAACCUCAAGGCGCCGGACACGGCCACGUACCAGUGCAAAGUAAAGAAAACCCCCGGCAUCGACACGAGGAAAAUCACAUUAGUUGUGCUGGUACGACCGUCGCGUCCUAAAUGCUGGGUGGACGGCAGCGAGGAGAAGGGAGGAACUGUUUCACUCCGCUGCACAUCCUCCCAGGGUUCAUCACCUCUAAAAUACACAUGGACCAAAGAAACUGGACAAUUGCCACCAACCUCAACACAGAAUUCUCAGACCGGCGAGCUGCUAAUCAGAAACCACAGUGAGAGCUACACGGGGAACUACUUCUGUGAGGUCAGCAAUGAAGUCGGCAGAGAGCGAUGCACAUACGCCCUUCGAGCAUAUAACCCGGUCAAUAAAGCGGGGGUGAUUGCGGGAGCUGUGAUUGGUUCGUUGCUCUUGUUGCUCCUCCUAAUUUUGCUGAUCUUGCUCCUGAUUUGCUGUUGCUGCAAGCGGAGAAAAGAAAAAGAGGCUGCCAAUGAGAUCAGGGAGGAUGCCGCCGCUCCAGACAGUCGUCCAGGAAGCCGAUACUCCAGCUUCCGCUCUGUAACGAAGUACAACGUCCAUCCGGGACUCAAUUACAGUGCUGUGGGCCCGGCGGGGAACAUGUCGCGGGUGGGAUCGGGACGGAGCAGCACUCACACAGAGCGCAGCAGAGUCCAGAGAGAAGUCAGCAUGAUGGCCUCUGAUCACAGGCCGGCUCUCUCAUAUGACAGCAAAUAUGGAUACCCCGUAUAACCGCUGACGUCCUGCCAGGGGACACACACAUGGAAAUAUUGCAAUACUGUGCAACUCCAGUGCGAGACUUAAGGAAUGUUCACUUUACGGAUAGACAUCUGCUAAUGUGUACUAUACACUGAAAUAAAAUCAUUCAUUGCAUUUAUGAUUAUUUAAGGCAAGUGGUGGCAGAAUUUACAUUUGAAGUCAGAAUUAUUAGCCCUCCUGCAAAUCUUAUUUAAAUAUUUCCUAAAUUAUGUUUAACAG